AUGUUGGAUUCCAAGUAUAAGCCUUCGUCCCUGACCAUUCUCCCCAGUACCCUCGACCUCUCCAAGUAUGACGUGUCUCCGGAGACCCGAAAGGUGCAGGUCAAGCACUUGAGCUUAAGGGCCUGGCUUAAAUGGGAAUCUCUGCUUCAGUAUGACGACCCCAAAUGCACAUCCCACAUCGAAGACUCUGCCUUGAUUUGUUGGGCCUAUGCAAAAUCAACAAAUGUUUAUCUUAGUUUCAGACCCACUCCAAAGAACUCACUUUUAGAGGCUGUGGCGGCAUUUGGGCCCCUCAUCUUCUGGUGUUACAUUUUCAGAACAGACAGGGACAGAAAGGGAAGACUUAUCCAGGAAGGAAAAUUGAACCGAACUUUAAAGUUCCUGUUAAGUUUGGCCCGAGAGCGGCAGCACGAGGCGUAUGACUGGAGCGACAACUGGCCCCAAGUCUUCUUCAGCAGGCUUGUGGACAGGCCUGCAACGUUCCUGGUCUGGGAUCUGGUACCCCGACAGCCACUCAGCCAGGAGGAGCAAGGGCCAUGGCCACCCUUUGCCUGGAGGUGUGCAGACCAGCAGCUCCACUGCCGCCACCCCGUAGGCCCAGACACUUACCUCUUCCCCCGCACUGUGGCCCGGCUCCCCAGCUAA